AUGUCGUCUCCAGAAUAUGUUGGGCUCGAUCGCCUUGAGGAGUAUCAUUACGAUUCUUUGUCUUUAGCCCUCCACAAUGUUCUUAACACUGAUAUCGCGCUUAUGACAUACGCCCAAAUUAUCGACGGUCUUCCAACCGUCGAUGUUGUCUGGGACCGAUAUUCGGCCACGUAUGAACCUUCUCAUCCUAUAAUCAAUCACAAAACGCUCUGUGAAGGAGCAUUAGAGAAGGCCAAGGGUUUCCGUGCACAGUUCUCUAUGGCUGGUGUGGUGGUUAAUCUGGAGAAACUAAAUUCGUAUCAGAAGACGGAACCUUCGUCACGUGCCUUUCACCUACGACUGAUUGAGAUGACUGCGUGUGCUGUACAUCAAAUUGGUGUUCAACUGUCACAGCUAGAAAAAUGGGGGCGACCUCCCGAUGAUUUGUGUCGCUUUCCACCGAAGCCGACAAUGUUCAUCGCGACUCAGUUCACUGCUCAUGACCGGUACCCAAACGGUGUCGAUGAUAUGGUUGGAUAUUGGGCAGAAAAUCGUAUCCUAGGCGGGGUAGCACUAUUUGACCAUUCACAGGCAUGGACAGGUGAGGAUGAGCCCAACGUGUACUUUCAGUGUACCCGCGCUAGAGUCACGUUCCGUGUCUGUCAGCUUCUCGAUAUUCAACAGUCGGCCUUGAUAUCCUUCCUUCUUGCAGACCCCGAGGACGCCGAUACCAAGUGCCCGCUGCCUAUCCUACCAACGUCCGAAAAAAGAGUUCGAAUAGACCCAGGAGAUGCUAUUCCAGUUAAGAAAGUUUACAGAGACAUUUGGGAAAGGAAGCUUCCCCCAAGACGGUGGAGGGCGCCGCGACUGGAACGCCCUAAGUCAUCUUUGGACUAUCCAGAGUUAGAUACCGAUGCAGAGGUUGAGCGUCUCAACAGAAUGUAA